UGUGGCUUAUAGGUUAGUUUUGUUUUAUAAUAUAUGCAGUAAACAAAGUUAUCAGUUAAAAUGAGCAAUUUGAUCAAUUUUGCGUUAAGGCAUGGCGUCAAUUUCCUGAAAAGACACGCACUGUACAGCCUACGCUGUACGGUGCCUGCAAUAGCUAAUAAACUGCCGGCUGCAAUUGCGCCCAUUCGUAGCCAAUCGACAAGAGCUGCCUAUGAUGUGAGCACAAAUGUGCAAAAGGAUAUUGUAUUGUUUAAAUAUGAGAAUCCUAAGUUCUAUAAAAUGCUCAACUUCUUUGGAGUGUGCCAAUUUGUAUUUUGGACCUAUUUGUCGCAUUUCGCUUUUACGACGCUGAAAGAUGCGCCCGUUGUGGAAAAACCUGGCGAAGAGCUGAAAUGGUUUCAACGCAUAAAUCUGGGCGAGAACAAGUAUAAAAAUGGCAUUACAAUAUGCUGCUUUUUGAUUGGCUAUGGCAUUUUGUUUGCUGUUUGGAUGUUUACACUGCGCUCGGUGCGGUUUCUCAUUCUUCGCAAGGGCGGGGAUAGCGUUUCCAUUGUCACCUAUGGUCCAUUUAAUCGCAACCGCAUAAUGACCGUGCCACUCAAGUGCAUCUCAGCGCAGGAAUCGCGAGAAAUGGCUCGCGUACAGCUGCCCAUUAAGGUGAAGAACAAGUCGUUAUUCUACGUGUUAGAUAUGCGCGGCGAGUUUCGUAAUCCCCAAUUGUUCGAUUAUACUGCAGGAUUAAAGCGUCGCAUUUGAAAUGUUUUGUUUGUUUUCUUUACUUAUAAUUUGUAAAUAUACAUAUGUAAGCUAAUUUAAACCUAAGCCCUGG